AUGUUUUUAAAGCCUCAAUAAUUUACCUUGCAACUAAAAUUUAAAUCCCUCACAAAAGUUUUCUUGCAGCGGAAGUAGCAUAUUUUAAUCCUAUAGCAAUCCCACAAUUACUAAAUUUGCAGUUACCGGUUGGUUUAUUAUGAAGGGAAUGUUAAACUAGCAAUACAACAUGAUAACUGUAAUACUUUUACAUCCUAAUUGCUAUCUGGCGCUUUUACAAAUUUAAACUAUGUUACUGGAGGAGCUUAUGCGCUAUAACAGAAAUGGUAUUUUGCAGUAUUUAAAAUGGAAGUAAUAUUAGGCUCAUAAAUAAAGCUAUAAAGCUAUAUAUAUGAGUCUUAAAGCAGCUAUUUUUAUUUAUAACAAAAUACAUCCUCAAGAAAUACAAUACCAUUCACAACUAGUGGAAUGGAUUUUAAUUUUGGAAAAGGAGAAUCUUAACAUAGUUGUAUUUUAGUAAAAUUGGUUUAUAUAUAUUGGGAUUCAGAUCUUUUAGACACAAGUAUGUUUGGUUUAAUAAAUGAUAUUACUGUUUCAGAUAUUAACUUGAAAUGGAGUUACGACACCUUUUAUACGUAAUAGUAGCCUGGUUAUUUAGUUUAAACUAAUCAACCAAAUGGAAAAUUAUAUGUAUCGAUUAACAGAGCAGAAUAAUUAAUUUUGAAAAAUAAAGAGUAAAUUUAUACAGAAUUUAUAAAUGUAACUAGUAAUGGAGGCUUUGUUUUAACCUUUCAUUUCAAAUUAGAAUCUUAAAACCCUAGCGCUAAUUAAAUUGUAAUAUUGUAAAUAAACAAUGUAAAUUUGAAGGUUUUAAAUAAUUAUCUGUAUUUUUUUGAUAUCUAAAUUAGUGGUGUUUAAUUAAGCAAAUGGAAUUAAAUUACGAUAGUUUACAGGCAAUUAUUUUAUAAUCAAAUUCACUUUAUUGUUAAUGAUGAUUAGGCAACUUACACAUCAAAUGCUCUAGGUAGUAAUAUGUAUUCAUAAGUCCAAGCAGUGUUUGGAGAUUCUUCAAUUACUAACUAUUUUUUAUAUUUAAACUACAUCAGAGUCUAUGAAGGAAUAUUUUUAAGCAAUAGUCCUUCAUGCUACAUGCUUGCAGCAAGGAAAAACCAAUAGUGUAUAAUAUGUAAAAGUUCUUAUUUAAUAGACUAUUAGAAUGGUAUAAACUGCGUUAGUACUUCACUAGUAAAUAAAAGUACAAUAAUUGACAAUGUAAAAGAUUGGUUUCCUAAGUAAUACUAAUGCCCAUAAAAUAUGAUUUUAAAUAGCUAGAAUAUAUGCGUAUGUUUUUAUAACUCGUACAGAUAUGGAGAUUAAUGUUCUCCAUGUCAAAGUUAUUGUUAAGGGUGUAUAGAUGGAAAUACGUGCAUUUAAAAAGAUCCUCUUAGAGAUAUCAAUGGAAAAUGCUUAAAUUCCUAAUUUGACGAUGGUUAUAAAUGCUUGGGAAUUUCACUUAAUAUAAAAAAUAGAUAAAAUAUUUUAAAAACUUUUUUAAUAAGUGAUUUUGGAGACGGAUGUACUAAUACUGGAACACCAUCAGACUAUAUAAUACCUUAAAGCUAAUUAAAUCUUGCAAAAGGAGUUGGUUUCUUUUUUUCUUUUUCUAUAAAAUUUCAUAACCCACACACAUAAGGAACUAUAGCUGUUUUGAGUGAUGGUCCUAAUGAUUUAUUUACUAUUAUUUUAGAUUAAAUAACACAAAAUGGGUUAUAAUUACCAUGCAUAAAAUUUUAUGUUCUCAAUGUUAUGACAUUAAGUGUUACUUUAAGUUCUUAUGAUGAAGUUUGGAUUGGUUUGUGGAGUAGCUUUGUAAGUGCCCAAUUUUUUAUUUUUACUGAUUGGAUUCUAUAUAGCAGCAACUAAAUUAACUUUGAAGUGUUUUGUAAUUAUUAAAGAGAAGUCAUGAUUUUCAUUAUUUAAUAAUAAAAUUAUUACUCCUCCGUUAACAUUGAUAUCUUACCAUUAGCAAGUUCUCCAAAUAUUUAAGACUAUUCAAUUUACCUAAACAAGAUAAGAAUAGAAGUUGGAAAUGGAUCUUACUAUUAUGACUAGACUAUCAUGGAUAAUUGUUUUUUAUAUAGGAAUAUAGAAAAUAUGGAAUGUAAGAUACCUAAGAGAGGUUAUGUCUUUUAUUAAACUAAUACCUUAAUUACUGAACAAGCUUGCAAUGAUAGGACAUAAAUAUAUAAUUCCUUUCAUGUUAUAAACCCAUCAACAUAGACUUGUAUAGAUACUCAACUAUCUCCUUAUUGUUAAUAGAUUGAUGAAAUUUAAUCUUCACUAAUUUGUACUAAAUGUUUGUAUCCUGGCUAAGAUCCUGCUAAAAACUGUUAAUGCGAAGAUGGUUAUUUUUUUAAUAAUUAGGAUUUAGCUUGCUAAAACUGUAGUCCAAGAUGUAAAACUUGUGUUAAUUCACAUGACAAUUGCUUGAUUUGUAAUAGUAUUGAUUAAUCACCACCAAAAUGUGAAUGUAAUUAAUCUAAUUACUUUUUAGAUAAAAGUAAUUCAUGCACAGCUUGUUCAUCAAAAUGCAGUGCUUGUGAAUAAAGUUCUGAACUCUGCUUAGCAUGUUCUAACAAUAGGGCUCACCCUCCAACAUGUGACUGUAUCGAAAAUCAUGUUGAAAUAAAUAAUUAUUGCUAAUUAUAGACUUGCGAUUUAAAAUGUUUAACAUGUGAAUCAUCAAAAUCUAACUGUAUUAAAUGUAAGGAAGGAAGAGAAAAUCCUCCUGCAUGUAAUUGCAUGACUAAUUUUGUUGAAAAUUCAGAUGGAACUUGUUCUUUGUGCAAUUUUGGAAACUACUUUGAUAAAGGUAUAAAGAACUGCUUAUCAUGCUCAAUUCAGUGUUUAGGAUGCAUAGAUUAAGCAUCUAAUUGUUUGGCAUGUUAAAGCAAUCUAAUUUAAACAAACAACGAAUGUAGCUGUUAAACUGGUAAAUCUUUUGCUAAAAUUAAAAACGAAGUAUUAUGCUUAAAGAAUAUGGAUGUAAGAUUAACAGUUAUUUUAUAAUCUAACAGAUAUAUUUUACAAUUUAAAUUUGAUGAAGAUAUAUAAUAAAUAGAUAACAAAUACUUAAAUAAUAUUGAAAGUUUAAUUAAAAUAACAUUUUCAGAAAUACCUAUGGAUGCCUACAAAAUAGGAAAUCCGAUAAUUAAAAAUAAUAUUUUAAGUGUUUAACUGAUAGUCAAUUAAAGUUUUUCUACAAAAUAAGGAUGGGUCUUAUUUUUAGAUAAUACUUAAUUUAUAAGUGUUUCUGAAUAAUAUGUUCUAAAUAGGAUUUACACAGUUAAUCUAAUCAAUUUUCAAAUAGGUCCAUUAAUUUUCGAUAGAAAUACUUUGGAUGCUGGUCAAUUAGAUCAAAUAAACGAUUACUACAAGAACUCAAAUUAAGAUAUAUUUAACAUAAUUAAAUAAUUUUAAAUAAUAUUGUAUAUCCUAAAUUCAGCUCAGCCAACUGCAUUGUAUAUAUUAUUAGAUGCUAAAUUCCCACCAAAUCUCUAUAAAUUCUAUCAAGUUGUUGGAUUAAUAAUAUACCCAGAUGUUGUAGAUUACUAAACUUCAAAUUUCAAAUAGGAUUUUAAAUUAUUUUAGUUCAAUUUGAAUUAAUCAGAAGUUUAUCCAUCAGACAGAAUUACAUAUAAAAGGUUAGGAUUAUGUAACACUUUUCUAUAAAGUAAAUAGUAAAUAGUGAAAAUGAUACAAAUUUGCUUAUGA